UUCUCGACCAUUGAGAUUCUUGGGUCGAGAAGGUGGUGGAGAGGUGUAGUAAGAGUCAUUCACUCUUGACUGACGCUGCGCCAGCUUUUGAAAACGUAUGGUGACUGUUGCACUUGGCAAACGCACGCAACAUCGUCACAUUACACAUUCUCUUUCCGAGAGGGAAGAAGAAGAAGAAGAAGAAGGAGAAGAUGGCUUUGAUGGAGUCACCUUUCAAGGUUCAUUUCAUCUCUCUCUCUGCUUCUCAAGACCUGCUUUUCGUCCUUUAUCUUUGGAGUCUCUUCUCGUGUCACAUUUCGGAUGUUACUCGGUCGUUGGGUGCAAAAACAUUUUUCACGGUUGUUCUGGCUGUUGGCUGUUGUUGCUGUUGUUGUCGUAGUGCAGAUAAUAUUGGGUUCGUCAUCCAUGCCUCGCCAGCACAUUCUCGCUGAGAUGGGAUACGACUUCACUGUCAUGACUGCAGACAUAGACGAGAAGGCUAUAAGGAAGGAUAAGCCUGAAGAGUUGGUCACGGCCUUAGCUGAGGCUAAGGCAGAUGCUAUCCUCUCCAGUCUCCAGAAUGUGGAUUCUUUUGUGGAGGAUGUCCAUACAACCCUCUUAAUCACCGCUGAUACAGUGGUGGUACAUGAAGGGAGGAUCAGGGAAAAACCAUCCAGUAAGGACGAAGCACGGAAUUUUAUUGAAGGGUACUCUGGUGGUCGUGCAGAAGUUGUUGGAUCUGUACUUGUAACCAACCUGAAGACGGGAAGGAGGGAGGCAGGAUGGGAGCGAGCAGAGGUAUACUUUUAUGACAUACCAGCUGAGGUUGUUCAGAGUCUGAUUGAUGAGGGAAUUACACUCAAUGUUGCUGGGGGUUUGAUGCUCGAACAUCCACUUACAUCACCAAUCAUAAAAGAAGUGAUUGGGACUGCUGAUACUAUAAUGGGACUCCCUAAGUCUCUCACGGAAAGACUCAUCCAGGAGGCCCUAACUCGACCUUCAAGUGAGGCAUGCAGGAACCCAGCAUAAAAAUGCUGAAAUCAGAAUCUUCUGGCACCUUGUUCGUUGCUGGAGUUGACAUUAAAUAUCGUCAUGAGCCUGAUGUAGUAACCCCACCGAGGCAUCAAACACAGAUGGAGAUAAUUUGUUGUCAUCUGAUGCUCUGCUUUCCCGAGUGGCUAGCCAUGGUCAUGGUCAGAUACAGCUAAUCUUUCGGCCAGGAAGCUCACGUUAUACUUGCAUUAUUGCCAGGAAGAUUGCAAUGAUGGUGGAGCUUGCGUUAUGUCUAAGCAACGUGAAAAUUUUUGUGCAUUCAUCACAAAAUCUCGAGAAUGCACCUGCCAUAAUUUCUAGAUACUCUUCUGUUCAACGAGAUACAUUCUUGUUCUGUUUUCAAAUUGUUAAUCCGAUACUUUACCUGAAAGGAAAUGAAUUGACAAAUCUCAUUUUUUUCACGUUUCUCA